AUGAUCAAAGACCCAAGUAAAGGUAAACUUUUCUUCUUUUUGUUGGUUUUUAGGCAAGAAUGGCUGAUACUAAAGGUGGAGCUGGAGAUAACUCCAAGCUCGACGAAAUUAUAAGCGCUUUAAAAGUAUUAUCUAAUACUGUGACAGAUUUAUCGCAAAAAAAUAUUGUUUUAGAAACUAAUAGUCAAGGAAAUUGAGGAAAAAGACAAAACGGGAACGGUUUCUGCUGAUAGUGGGGAAGUAAAACAAAAAGAGGAUUCUUCACCUCAACCCCUAGCCAAUGACACAGCUACUUUUAUACUAACGCAAAAUAUGAUCCCGAGUAUUACUGGCAACGAAAAUCCAGAUCUUUUGCUUUCCUGAAGGCAAGCAUAGUAAGAAGUAAAGUAACUGGAGACGCUAGAUUGACAUUGAAUCGUAUUAAGUUUGAAAAUCCACAGGCUUCUCUCGACUCGCAAAUAAAGCUUCUGAAAAAUGAAUUGUUAGAUUCUGAAUUCGAUGCAAAAAAGGCAAUCGACAACUAUUUGAAGCCACUGUAUAGGAAACGCGAUCAAAGUAUCCAAAGCUACGCGGAUAUCGUGCGCAGAGUAACAUUGCGAGCUUACCCAAAUACCCCAACUGAUAUUCUGGAGGUUAACCUAAUGAGAAAGUUCCUUAUGGGAAUAAAUUUUCCAGAAGUUCACAUUGCUUUAGCUGCUAGAGGCGAUGUUCCAUUCAAAAAGGCUGUUGAAAUCGCUGUUACUGCUUUUGAUGGUUUAUAUUGUCAAAAAGCUCCUUGGGAUAAUCAACAACAUCACGAAAACUUUGGCCAAAUGUCUCAGUAUUUCCAGCAAGAUCAAAAUUCAAAUCAGGAUUUUUGUCAACCCGACUUGUAGAGAAGCGUGGGUACAACUCGGGUUACAAUUUUAAUAAGCCACGUCUAAAACGUUUAUAUUGUAACAAGCUUAAUCAUAAUAUUGAUCAUUGUUUUAGAAGAAUUCGAGAUGAAAGAAAGAAAGCACGAGCAAGAACGAUUUUCACUCCCAAACCAGAACCAAGUCGAGAACCAUUCAUUCCAGCUUCAGAAUAUAUUGACAAUACCCCCAGAAUGGAUUACCAAAACUCAAGUCGAAUCAGAAGCCACAGAAUUGCACGAUGUUAACCAAAUUAUUGAAGAAGUCUUACUUGAUAAGAAGAUCAUUGAGAAAGUGACACCAAUUACAACUCAAGUUGAAGAACCUACGAUGAAUGAAAGCUUAUUGGUCCAAGAUUUCAAAGACGUUGAAAAGGAUGUCAAAAUUCAGGUAACAAUUGAUAUUAUUGAGUCUAAAAGUGACUAUGUUAAAGGUUUUUCUGAUGGUAAUGAAAAAUCAAAUUAUAUUUUCCCUUCCCCUUUUACCUUCGAACCUUUUUCGAGUACCAUUACAGAAAAAAUGGACCGAUUUUUGAAGCUAAUAUUAUACAGAAGCUUCUCAUUAUGUUCGAAUUUCGAUUUCCUUUGUCCCCCCUUAUUUAUCCCUUUUAGAUUUAUUGA